AUGGCGGCACCGCCUUCAGCCUACAAGGACCGCCAAUUCGUUGCGGUGAUCGGAGACGAAGACUCUGUAACCGGUUUGCUACUGGCUGGCGUGGGGCAUGUGACUGACCCUCCGGAUUCGAGACGCAACUUCCUGGUGGUGGACCAGAAGACGGAAAAGACAACUAUUGAGGAGGCCUUCAACAGUUUUACAAAGGAGCGGAAGGACAUCGGCAUCAUCUUGAUCAAUCAACACAUUGCAGAACAGAUCCGAGAGUCGGUCGACAAAUUUCAGGAAGCUUUCCCAGCCGUGCUCGAAAUUCCCAGCAAAGACCACCCCUACGAUCCCGAGAAAGACAGCGUGUUGCGCAGGGUGAGAAAGUUGUUCGGCGAGUGA